AUGGUCAUUCUCGCCGCUUCCGUCUCGACCCGAGGCGGAAAGCCCGUCAUCAGCCGUCAAUUUCGUGAUAUGCCAAGAUCGCGCAUCGAAGGUCUCCUUGCGUCCUUCCCCAAGCUCAUCUCUGCCGGCUCACAACACACUUCCGUCGAGACCGAUGCGGUUCGCUUCGUGUACCAACCUCUCGAGGAUCUCUACAUGAUCCUCAUCACAAACAAAAACUCCAACAUCCUCCAAGACAUCGACACGCUUCACCUCUUUGCCCGCGUCACCUCCGACAUCUGCAGAUCGCUCGACGAGAGUUCGGUCCUCCGCUACAGCUUCGAGCUCCUCGGAGCCUUUGACGAGAUCGUUUCGCUCGGAUACAGGGAGAAUGUCAACCUCACCCAGGUCAGGUCUAUCCUCGAGAUGGAGUCGCACGAGGAAAAGAUCCAGGAGAUCAUCGAGAGGAACAAGGAGAUGGAGGCAAAGGAGGAGCUCAAACGUCGUGCAAAGCAGCUCGAGAUGCAGCGCAGGGACGCCGCCCGUCGCGGUCAGAUGGGCGGCAACUCGGGCGGAUUCGGCUCAUCCGGUGGAUACACGGGUGUACAGCAGCGAUUCGAGCCACCACCGACACAGGCGCCUGUUCAGACCGGCUUCUCGUCCAGCUCGUCACCUGCGGCGAAACCGUUCAAGGGCAAAGGUAUGCAGCUCGGUAAAAAGUCCAAGGGCGCCGACCUGCUGGGUGCUAUGGGUGGCGAUCUGGCCGCCGCUGCUGCCGCUGCGGAUGAAGAGCUCACCGCCGCUGCCAACGCUGCUUCGGCCUCACUAGCUGCUGCCAGCUCAGCCCCAUCAGCGGCCGCUGCUCGCGCGGCACCAGCAACUACAGCGGCUGCCAUCGACCCGCUCGACUUGCUCGAUCCUGUCCACCAAGAACCGGUGCACGUCGUCAUCAAGGAGCGCAUCUCUAUCACGGGCAACCGCGAUGGUGGUCUCGAAUCGCUCGAGAUCAAGGGCGACCUCUUGCUCAAGAUCACCGAUCCCACGCUUGCUAAGGUUCGCUUGCAGCUCGCUCCACCCGAGGCCGACAAUCUCGUGCUUUCCGCCGGCGAACUUCAAUUCAAGACUAACCCCCAAGUCGACAAGGCUGCGUGGUCCUCCGAUCGCAUCGUCGCGCCGCGAGACGCGAGGAAGCCCUUCCCGGUCAACCAGUCGCUCGGUGUCUUGCGAUGGCGGAUGGUCACCAAGGACGAGACUGCGUUGCCGCUCUCGAUCAACUGCUGGCCUUCUCCCAACGGUCAAGGCGGAUGCGAUGUUAGCAUCGAGUACGAGCUCGAGAAUGAAGAUCUCGGUGAGCUGCGCAGCGUCAUCAUUGCGAUCCCCUUGCCGUCAGGCUCCGUGCCUUCGGUCGAGUGUCCCGAUGGCUCGUGGUCCGUCAAUGACGAGACCAACAACCUUGAGUGGACGCUGGAGAGUAUCUCGAGCGCCAACAAGUCUGGCAGCUUGGAAUUCUCGGUCACGGAGGGCGCGGAUAACGUCGACGUCUUCUUCCCCGUCGUUGUCGACUUUGUCUGCGAAAAGACGCUCUGCAACGUCACGGUGGCAGACGUCGUCUUGGCCGAUACGGGCGCUCUUACGACGUUCUCCCAGCAGUCGGUGCUGAGUGCCGAUAAUUAUGUGAUUGCCUGA